AUGUCCCCAACCCGUACAUUCCACCCCUACCCCUCCCUGCCCCCCGAACUCCGCGCCCUAAUCCUCCACCACGCUCACCACCUAACCCCUCCCCAAACCCUCCCCCUCCACCUCCAAAAAUCCGACCUCGACUACCUCCGUCCGCACCGCCCACCCUGCCACAACAACCCCCACAUCCUGAUUCCCCGCCUCCCUAUCCCCUCUCUCCUGCACGCCUUUCACGAGUCCCGCGCCCUUGCCCUCCAGUUCUACACGUUAGGUUUCGAUGGCGGCUACGGCCGUCGAACCCUAAAAAUGGGCCGCGACGACGACGAUAUCGAAGCCUUCACGACCUGCGUCCACGAACUCGCCGCUUCAGAGCACGGCCGUGAUUUCUACUGGCGCCCCGAGAUUGAUAUCGUAGUGCUCGACGACAAGCCGCUGGGGUUCGGUGAUGCGAGUUGGAUAUUCGGGGGUGCGACGGGGAUCAGAUUGCCGCGGUUGGGGAGGGUUAUGGUGUAUUAUGACACGUUUAUGGGAUUAGGGCUGGGGAAUGGGGUGGAGGUUGAGGGGAUGGAGGAGUUGCUUGUUGUUGUUAGGGGACGGGGGAGGGGGGUGCCGGGGGAGAUGUUGCUUGGGAGGGGGGAUGUGGGGAGGGUUUUGAGGGGGGCGGGGGUGAGGAGGGGGGAUGGGGGGGAGGUUUUGGUGGAGGGGGUUUGGGAGGAGGAUGAUCUGGAAGGGCGGAAGGUGGAGGGGUAUGAGGGGUGGGUUGAGAGGUAUGGGAGGAGGGGUGGUGGUGUUUAA